AUGUUUCCAGUGCUUCAGUUGCUCAUAUUUGCUCUUUUUCUCAGCGGAUCUAUGUCAAUAACCUGUCAAAAAGAUAAAGAUUGUAUCACCACAUUCAAAUUGACCGAAAAAACAUGUUCUCUAUCCGACCCAUCGUACGAAUCCGUCAAUUCUAACAACUCGAAAAAAUACAAUAAUAUUUUCGAACACAUUGAAUUCGAAAACUUUGAAACUCCCCAAUGUUAUGUGUCCUUAAAAGAUGUCAAUGGAAAAUCAAAGUCUGGAACACUGUACAUCACAUGUUACUGUAUCAAAAAGUAUUUUUCUGGAUGCCUCAAUACUGCAACAAUGGCUGAAUCCAUAUACCAAUGGCGUCGCGAUCCAACAAGUAAAGUGGAUGACCAAAUCAAAGAUUCCGAGUAUUUGAACAAAGUGGAUUGUAUUUUGAAGGGAUUUGAAAAUAUUCCAUUCGCAGUUCCUAGUCGGCGUCCUAAGGAAUUCUCUUUGAGAAUCAACUGCACCGAUUUCAGAAUUGAACAGUUGUCAAGUUCAUCGCAAAAAACCAGGAAAAAAUCAUUACACCAACUUCCAAAAAAUACUAGGUUGGCCAUCGAUGUGGAAUGUCCGAUCCAAGAUAAACUGAAUAUAAAAAUGUAUUGCUCAGAAGAUUACUGUUAUCAUGAUAGUAUAGACAAAGACAAUAGCAUAUUGAUUAUGAGAACUUAUAAUCUCUUCUACAAAUCUGCUGGGAACCAGAAAUUUGUUCGAAACAGCUGUUCGAUUAGAAGUCCACAUAAAGUAAGUCAAUGCGUUCUAUCCGGGUUCAGAAAGCUUGCUGAUCGCUUGUCCUACGGAAACGGGACCAAGAUGGAAACACCAACUAUAAGACAAGUCGGAGCUACACGACAAAAGUUAAAAGCAAAUCAAAAUGAUCAUUUGCCCACUUCCAACAAUCACAUCUUCUCUUGGUUCUUUAUGGCUUUGUAUCUAAUUCCUUUCUUGUUCACAUGCUUCUUUUCUAUAUGCAGUUGCAAACAUGAAAUCCGAAAUGAAAUCGGUGUGACUACGAAUCCAACCCUGAAAGAUAUCGAGCAAACUUUACUGAUGGAGAUGCGCAAGAAUGAGGAGUCAAAUGUGUCAUUGAAAAAAACAAGUAAACCAAAGAGUGAGAUUAUUGAUGCCGCAGUCACGACGACGACGUCCCAAAUGGGGAAUAUCACCGACUUGGCAUCUGAAGGACCAACCGGACCACAAGGAGGAUCGAUAAAAAGUGUGAAAAAGGAUUCAACAGCAUUGAAAAGUGUGGAGGAUCCAAAAGAGUCAACCGGCGAUGCUGCAAUUUAA